AUGGAUCUUAAGAAAAUUUUGCAGACUUCCACGGGAAAAGAAUUAUUGUCCGAGUAUCAGUUGAAUUUACUGACCAAAAACCAUAUUGAGACAAUGCUCGACUUCCACAAUGCGAAGGAUCAGCAACUGCACAAGUUGCUGGCCAUCAAACUGGAAUCAGUGGUGAAGAUAAAGAAUGAGCUGGCGCUGCUGCACAGGGAUUCGGAGACAAUUGUGGAAACAGUUUACGAGUCGGACUUUGAAACAGGCAUAGAAGAAUUGGAUAAGCUCUUGAACGCCAUUGGGCAGCCGUUCAGGAGAGGAAGAGUCUGGGAACUUUGUGGAGAGACUGGCGCGGGGAAGACCCAACUACUGUACACUUUGGCACUCAAUUUUGUAUGGAAACACAAACGGCAAGUGCUCUUCAUUGAUAGCAAGCAAGACUUCUCCACCAAACGGAUACAAGACAUGCUGCUGGAGCGUAAAGUGGAUCAGGAGACAAGUGAGAAGGCAAUGGCGGACAUUCAAGUGGUAGAAGUACUCACGGCUAACAAGCUUAUUGAAGUACUAAAAGAGUUUGAUCGGCAAAUGGCCGAUGGCGUCCAAGCUGCACUGCAGACAAGAGUCGUGGUAGUCGACUCUCUGGCCGCUUGCUUUGUUGAUCUUCGCGGGAGCAGCGAUAUGCGAAUGAUGAGGGACUGCAUGCUGACAGAGGUCGCAUGCAGAGUGAGAAAGCUAGCUGUGAGGGGCGUAGCUUUUGUCAUCGGCAACGUAUCGUUCGCGGACCAGGAUGCAGAUCAUUCUGACGAUGACGGCGUGGAGGAUGGCAACAGUGAUGAGCAGUCUACCCGACAACAGAUUGAACCAACGCUAGGCGCCUAUUGGAGUUCAGUGUGCACGCUGAGAUUGUCGCUGGAGAUACCAGAGAUUACAGAUUGCGGCGACAGCGACGAUGGCAUUGUAUACAAUGAAAGCCAGGACGACGGCCUCCGAAUGGUAAAUGUACUGACGAACAGCUACGGUCCCGACGGAGACACGUGCUUGCUGCAGAUCACAGAUGCUGGGAUGGUUUAACGACGGCUAGAUACAUGUUGCUGCUGG